CUGACCGUAACUUUCACUGAGCGCUUUAAUUUUAGGCUUCGAGGUUUAGUGCACGUCGGCAAGGUUGAGACUUCGGUGAACGAUGACGUCACUGAUCGGUUUCACAUCGAUGAAAACGAAUGCCCAACGUUUUUACUAUUCCAUCGCGGCAAAAUGUACCGCUACAAGGAGUCGGCAAAAGACGUACGAACUCUCACCAACUUUGCUCUUUUCAAAUUCAAAGAGCAGCGAGGAAUGAGGGUGCCGGAGCCGCCGACUGCUAUAGAGCAUGUGUAUGAAUAUACCAAGGAAAAAAUCUUGGACGUUAUGGAAGACAAUCAAAUGCUGUCAGUGAUCGGAGUCGGAGGUUUGAUACUGAUCGUCGCCAUCACCCUGAUUAUCAAAGCCUAUCGAAUUAAACAACAGGAUAAGGCGAAGAGCGCCUAG